UAGCCAAUUCUAGUCAUGUGACAGCUGGAGGAUCAUCCCGGAGGCUGGGGAAGGGGGUCGGUCUGGUCCUUCUGUUGGGGUGGGGGGGCCGAAGGGAGAUUGUCAGGCUCUGGCCGCCAGCCGUAACGGCCAAGGAGGGCACGGAGCCCCUACCGUUCCCUCCGGCCCCCAAACUGGGAGAGGCAGUGACGGACCCGCUGACACCCCGGCCCCGGACCUGGGCCUGGCCUCCUGACAGGUGACUGAAGAAGUGGCGCGGUCCACGACCCGAGGGAACCAGGAGGGGAGUCCGAACGGGAGUAGAUGGGAAGAGAGCCAACCUGUCCCCCCACCACCACCCGGAAUUGGACCGAAUACUUAGACUUGAGCCCCUGGGACAGGAUGGCCAUAGAAAAGUCUUUUAAUGGAGCUCCUAAUUUGUAAGAAGUCCAGGUCUUUUCUGAUGAUCUGUAGGUCAUAACUGAAAAGAACCAGACCAUUUCCAGUGCCCAACCAAGGGUCAACUGGACAUCUUCACAAUGUUGGAUUUUCUUGCUGAAAACAACCUCUGUGGACAGGCAUGUCUAAGGAUUGUGUCCUGUGGCAAUGCCAUCAUUGCUGAACUUUUAAGGCUCUCUGAAUUCAUUCCCAGUGUUUUCAGAUUAAAAGACCGUGCUGAUCAACAGAAAUAUGGAGAUAUUAUCUUUGAUUUCAGUUAUUUUAAGGGUCCAGAGUUGUGUGAAAGCAGACUGGAAACAAGACCAGACCUACAGGAUUUAGAUGAAGAAUUUCGUGAAAACAACAUAGAAAUUGUGACAAGAUUUUAUUUAGCUUUUCAGAGUGUCCACAAAUACAUUGUAGACUUAAACAGGUAUCUGGAUGAUCUCAGUGAAGGAAUUUAUAUUCAACAGACAUUAGAAACUGUUCUGCUUAAUGAAGAUGGAAAGCAACUUCUAUGUGAAGCACUCUACCUGUAUGGGGUCAUGCUGCUGGUUAUUGAUCAAAAGAUUGAAGGUGAAGUCAGAGAGAGGAUGUUGGUUUCCUACUAUCGAUACAGUGCUGCUCGAUCUUCUGCUGACUCAAAUAUGGACGAUAUCUGUAAACUACUUCGUAGCACAGGCUAUUCUAGCCAACCAGGAGCCAAAAGACCACCCAACUAUCCAGAGAGUUACUUUGGCAGAGUGCCCAUUAGUGAAACUUUUGUCAGCAUGGUUAUUGGAAGAUUAAGAUCUGAUGAUAUUUAUAACCAGGUUUCAGCAUAUCCAUUGCCAGAACAUCGAAGCACAGCCCUUGCAAAUCAAGCUGCUAUGCUAUAUGUGAUCCUCUAUUUUGAACCAUCUAUUCUUCAUACCCAUCAAGCAAAAAUGAGAGAAAUAGUGGAUAAAUAUUUUCCAGAUAACUGGGUGAUCAGCAUUUACAUGGGAAUUACAGUCAAUCUUGCAGAUGCUUGGGAACCUUACAAAGCUGCAAAAACUGCUUUGAAUAACACUUUGGAUCUUUCAAAUAUCAAAGAGCAGACAAACAGAUAUGCCAGUGUCAGUGAACGGGUACAUUCCCAAGUUCAGCAGUUUCUAAAAGAAGGUUAUUUGAGAGAAGAAUUAGUCUUGGAUAACAUUCCAAGACUGCUGAAUUGCCUGCGAGAUUGUAAUGUCACUAUCCGGUGGUUGAUGCUUCAUACUGCAGACUCAGCCUGUGACCCAAAUAACAAACGCCUUCGUCAAAUCAAGGACCAAAUUCUGACAGACUCAAAGUACAACCCAAAGAUCCUCUUCCAGUUGCUGCUUGAUACUGCCCAGUUUGAGUUCAUACUCAAAGAGAUGUUCAAGCAAAUGCUUUCAGAAAAGCAAGCCAAAUGGGAGCACCACAAAAAAGAAGGAUCUGAGAGGAUGAUGGAACUAGCUGAUGUCUUCUCAGGAGUAAAGCCCUUAACAAGAGUGGAAAAAAAUGAAAAUCUGCAAGCUUGGUUCAGAGAGAUCUCAAAGCAAAUAUUGUCUUUAAAUUAUGAUGAUUCUACUGCUGCAGGCAGAAAAACCGUGCAGUUAAUACAGGCAUUAGAAGAGGUUCAAGAAUUUCAUCAGCUAGAGUCCAAUCUGCAAGUGUGUCAAUUUCUUGCUGACACUCGUAAGUUUCUCCAUCAAAUGAUCAGAACAAUUAACAUUAAAGAGGAGGUCUUGAUCACUAUGCAGAUAAUUGGUGACCUUUCCUUUGCCUGGCAGUUAAUUGACAGUUUCACCUUCAUCAUGCAGGAAAGCAUAAGAGUUAACCCUUCCAUGGUCACUAAACUUAGAGCUACAUUCUUAAAGCUUGCUUCUGCCCUUGACUUGCCCCUCCUUCGUAUCAAUCAGGCAAACAGCCCUGACCUUCUCAGCGUAUCACAGUAUUAUUCUGGAGAGUUAGUUUCCUAUGUAAGGAAGGUUUUGCAAAUUAUUCCAGAAAGUAUGUUUACUUCUCUUCUGAAGAUCAUAAAGCUUCAAACCCAUGAUAUCAUUGAAGUGCCUACCCGGCUAGACAAAGACAAACUAAGGGACUAUGCCCAACUGGGCCCACGAUACGAGGUUGCCAAGCUUACCCAUGCUAUUUCCAUUUUUACUGAAGGCAUCUUAAUGAUGAAAACUACUUUGGUUGGCAUUAUCAAGGUGGACCCAAAGCAAUUAUUGGAAGAUGGAAUAAGGAAAGAAUUGGUUAAACGUGUUGCUCUUGCUCUUCAUAGGGGACUCAUCUUUAACCCUCGAGCCAAGCCAAGUGAGCUAAUGCCUAAGCUGAAAGAUAUGGGAGCUACCAUGGAUGGAUUCCAUCGUUCUUUUGAGUAUAUCCAAGACUAUGUCAAUAUAUAUGGACUCAAGAUUUGGCAGGAAGAAGUGUCUCGUAUUAUCAAUUAUAAUGUGGAACAAGAAUGCAACAACUUCUUAAGAACAAAGAUUCAAGACUGGCAAAGCAUGUAUCAGUCCACUCAUAUUCCUAUACCGAAAUUCACUCCUGUCGAUGAAUCUGUAACUUUUAUUGGUCGACUCUGCAGAGAAAUACUGCGGAUUACGGAUCCCAAAACAACUUGUUAUAUUGAUCAACUGAACACUUGGUAUGACAUGAAGACUCACCAGGAAGUUACCAGCAGCCAUCUUUUCUCAGAAAUCCAAACUACCUUAGGCACCUUUGGGCUAAAUGGAUUGGACAGGCUGUUGUGUUUUAUGAUUGUCAAAGAAUUGCAGAAUUUCCUUGGACUGUUUCAGAAACUUGUCCUCAGAGACAAAGCUGUUCAGGAUACCUUAAAAGCCCUUAUGAGUGCCAUCAGUCCCUUGAAAGGCAUUGUGGCAAAUGCAAAUAAAACAUAUUUUUCUGCCAUUGCCAAAACUCAGAAGAUUUGGACACCAUAUCUUGAGGCUAUCAUGAAGGUUGGACAAAUGCAGGUUUUGAGGCAACAGAUUGCUAAUGAGCUAAAUUACUCCUGCAGAUUUGACUCCAAACACCUGGCAGCAGCUUUAGAAAAUCUCAAUAAAGCUAUAUUAGCUGAUAUCGAAGCUCACUAUCAGGACCCUUCACUUCCUUACCCUAAGGAAGACAAUACACUGUUGUAUGAAAUCACAGCCUAUCUGGAAGCAGCAGGAAUUCACAAUCCACUGAAUAAGAUAUACAUAACAACAAAACGUUUACCCUAUUUUCCUGUGGUUAACUUCCUAUUCUUGAUUGCUCAGCUGCCAAAACUUCAGUACAACAAAAACCUAGGGAUGGUCUGUCGAAAGCCCACAGAUCCAGUUGACUGGCCUCCCUUGGUCCUAGGACUUCUCACUCUUCUGAAGCAAUUUCAUUCCCGAUAUACUGAACAGUUUCUGGCUUUGAUCGGCCAGUUUAUCCGCUCCACAAUGGAGCAAUGUACAAGCCAGAAGAUUCCAGAAAUGCCUGCCGACAUAGUAGGUGCCCUUCUCUUUCUGGAGGAUUAUGUUCGUUACACAAAACUACCGAGGAGGGUAAGAGAACGGGGCUGGGUGGGGAGGGAGAGGCUGCAGCCUGCAGGCCAGGGCUCAGGGCCCUCUCUGGGCAGCCACCGCUAGAUUUCCCGCAGCCAGGAGGUGGAGCCCCCUCUCCUCCUCCCAGCUGUGCAUACAGAGAUUCAGAGCAGAUGUGAAGGGCCCUCAAUCUUCCCUGCUGUGGGAGGUACUCAGAGGCACGGAGGCAUAUUCUGUGCACACACCCCCCAACACCAACACGAGGCAGUCCCUGGGCCUUUUGAAAUUCAUAAGCAAACGUGUGGGAGCGGCUCUGCGAAAUUGUGAUUUUAUUUCAGAACCAGAAUCUCAAAGGUCCGUAAAACACUGGUUCCUUGAGCAAGGCCCUGAGUUCUUAAUGCUGAGAUUGAAAGGGCAGGAAGUGUGCCUGUUCGUUCCAGAACGUCUCAGGCCUCACAUGUCCUUGGGCUGGGCCUGCUCUCAGGAAAUCUGUUAGGUGUGUUCUCAACGUCAUCUCCUCUGGUGAACUCGGACCCAGGCCCAGGUCUUGCCUGUCCUCAGAGCCGUUCUCCCUUGUCCCCAUGAAGUUGGGGGUGAUCCGUACGACCUCACCCUGGGAGGCUGAAUGGCUCUCAGGGUCUUGGAACUCUCACCUGCGGCUCCCACAAGGGCCAUGUUUGGGAGCCAGAAACUGCUGCAAGAAGUCACAGCAGGGCCCAGAGCCCCAGGAGGGCCUCAGUGUUAGAACAGCCGAGAUACUCUUAGCUGCUACUGAGGCAAACAUUUGUGGGUUUUCAGUCGUGUCCAGCUCUUCAUGACCCCAUCUAGGGUUUUCUUGGCAGAUACUGGCGUGCUUUGCCAUCUCCUUUUCCAGCUCAUUUUAUAGGGUUCAGAAAACAUUGGUUCCAGGAUAGAGAAACUGAGGCAGACAGGGAAAAAUGACUUCCUAGGGUCCCACAGCUAGGAAGUAUCUGAGGCCUGAUUUGAACUUGGGUCUUCCCAACUACAGGCCCAGCAUUCAGUCCCACACAGAGCUUCUUAGCCAUCUUAGGCAAACAUAGUGGUCUUAUUGGUGACAGAACCCCAAAUAUAUUUGCAGAUUCUCCUCUAUGCUAUGUUUAUCUCAGUCUAACAAGAAUUACAAUUUCAUUACCCUGUAUAUCCCUUAAACAGGGAAAAUAUCAUGGGCACUGAUGUGGACCAUUUGGGUUUACUCAGAGUUUAAUUACAUAAUAAAUGUCUAAUUCUGCUUUCUGGGUUUUAGGUUGCUGAAGCACACGUGCCUAAUUUCAUUUUUGAUGAGUUCAGAACAGUCCUGUGACUUUUUUAAAAUAACAAAAGGAACAUCCUUGUAAGUCUCCCAUCAUCAUUGCAUUUGGAAUACAGGAUCAAAAUUCAACAAAUUAUCUACCGGCCUUUUUUUUUUCCCUUCAGCAUGUGGGAAACACUAAAGUCUGAACAAGAUGGAUCCCACAGUAUUAAUUAAUGUCAUUAUCAUUGUUUAAUCAUGAUACUAUAUGCAAUUUAUAUCAUGUAAAUGCAGAACACUUUUGUACUGCAUAUUGUAAAUGCUGAAUAUAAUUAAUUGCUAUGGACAAAAACAUUUAGUUUUAUGUUCUAAAGAGCUAUUUGUGCAACCUUGACUUUUCUAUUUCAUUAAACAGUACAAGUACCAAAAA